AAUUUAUUAAUCAUUCAGCUACGAUACAUGGAACACUACUGACGGAAAUAGUAAACGAUAUACCUACUACUUGUGCAUUAUACCUUAACCGCUUAGUUCAUAAAUUAGUAAUAAAAACAUUUAAAAUGAAUGUCGCAACACCCGUGAAUUCUGAUAAAUUACGGUAUAAAAUAAAAGUUAGCGGUCUCCCUAGAUUUUAUUCGUUACUGGAUCCAUUACUACAAGAAUUUUUAAAAAUGAUCAACGAGGAGUUGAGAUUAAAUUGCAUACACGCGAGAUACAGUAAAAAAGGUAACGCAUGGCUGUAUCUCACGUUUCCAACCGAAUCCGAACAAGCGGUUGCUUUAAAACUAUUAAAAAAAUAUAACUGGAAAGGACGUUCUUUAAUCAGUACGUUAGUUACGGCCGAUACGCCUAAAAACAACUUGAAUUUAACAUAUGUCGAAGGAAAUCAUAUUGCUAAAAGACCAAGACUCGAUAUUCCACUUAGUGAACAAGUUUUGAUGUCUACUAUUCCUUAUCAUAGUAUUGAAUACGAAGAACAAUUGAGGAAAAAGAGCGAAGAAGCGAGAAUAUUAUUUCAACGGUUUGGGACGAUAAUUCAACGCAAACAACCACCGCUUGCGGAAUGGUGUGCGACGCGCAAACGGCAGCUGAAGAGCGAUUUAGCGUUCGAACUGUCGCCGAUCAUACCGUCGAAAAAAGUCGACCGAUACCGCAACAAAUGCGAGUGGAGCGUAGGAAUUAAUCCCGACAGCGAUUCAGUGGCCGUCGGGCUGAGAGUGAAAGAUUCGAUGGACGGAAUCCACUAUGUCGGUCCACCGGAUUGUCUAAGAAAUUUGCCGAUGCCAAUGAUCACGUUAGCGAAGAAAUUCGAGGAUUUUGUGAAAAAUAAUUCUCAAGAUUGGAGAAUAUGGCGUAAUAUGAUAAUUCGUAUGAAUGAAGACGGGGAAGUCAUGGUGUCGAUAGUUAUCAACCAGCAUCUACUGGACAACGAUCAAUUAUCUAAUAUUAAAUGUUCAGUAUCAGAAUGGUCUAAAAAAAGCAUAACUGAAAACGUAGUGUCGUUAUAUUUUCAAGUCCAUGGAGAAAAGACCUUGGCUGAUUGUAUCGGUACCACAAUCGAAGCUGAAUUAUUGUGGGGACAAAAGUACAUUGUAGAAAAGCUAUUAAACUUAUCGUUAGAAAUUUCUCCAGCCACAUAUUUUCGUUUGAACAGUUUAGGUGCCGAAGAAUUAUGUAAAGUGGUUGCUGAUCUUGCCGAUGUGAACGAAAAUACUACAGUUUUAGAUUUGUUCUGUGGGUCUGGAUGCUUAGCUCUUACAUUAGCCAAGAAAUGUAAGCAAGUCGUGGGCAUCGAACUAAUCAAGGCAAAUAUAUUGGACGCAAAAAGAAAUGCUGAAAUAAAUGGAAUUGUCAACUGCGAAUUUAUAGCUGGUAGGACGGAAGAUAUUUUGGACUCCGUUCUUAACAAACUCAAAGGGUGUAACGUAACUGUAAUAAUGGAUCCACCUUUAACUGGAGUCAGUACCGGAUUGGUCAGGACUCUUCGUAAAUUUAAAGAAGCUAUAAAUUUAAUUUACGUUUGUUCUAAUCACAAAUUGCCUUUGAAAAAUCUACUAGAUUUUUCCUCGGUAGUUAGAUACUGGCAAAAGCCUAUAGAUUCCGAUCCAUUUCUUCCACUUCGUGUAGUUCCUAUAGAUAUGUGCCCUCAUACACUUAGGUCUGAACUGGUUUUACACUUUAAGAGGUUUUGUGUUGAUGACAUUUUGUCAACUAAAAACGAUAGACAGUCAAAAAUCUAUAGCAACAGAAAAUUUAAGACAAGAUUUAAUCCAAGGACAUCAGAAACAGUUACAUCAAAUAUUCAACCAUCCGCGUCCGGAGUGGGCGGGUUGUUGGACUACCUCAAGAAAAUUGAAGAAAGAGCGUAUCAAGAAGGGUUAGCGAAAGGAUUGGAAAGGAAAGCAUUCCAAAUGGGUUAUUCGAGAGGUCUUCAGUGUGCCACUGCUAAUGACGAUGAGAAAUUUAAAAAAAACACUUCUACUAAUUCUGAUCAGUAAUUACAAAUACUAUAAUAUAGUAUAUAUAUUUUUAUAAUAAUAGGUACCUAUAUUAAUAUUUGUGUGAUUUUAAAAGUUCCAUACACAUUUUCAUAAAUAAAAUAAC